GCCAAACGAAGCAUUAGAAAAGGCCAUAACGAAAAGGUGUAAAUAAACAAAAUCUCUUCCUGACUUCCUCCAGUACAGAUUUCUCGCUCUCUGGUCUCUCUAUAUAUCGAUCCGAAUUGUCGAUACUCAAUACCCAAGUACUGGAUCAACAAGGUUGAAUUCGAUUGAUUGAUGGAUUCUCCGUCAAGUCAAGAAUCAGUGGGGUUUGAUUACUUGUUCAAAUUGCUGUUAAUCGGUGACUCGGGCGUUGGCAAGAGCAGUCUCCUUCUCAGUUUCACCUCCGACUCCUUCCAAGAUCUCUCCCCCACAAUCGGUGUUGAUUUCAAGGUAAAAUAUGCUGAUAUCGGGGGUAAAAAAUUGAAGCUUGCAAUUUGGGAUACAGCUGGACAGGAGAGAUUCAGGACAUUGACAAGUUCAUACUACAGAGGAGCACAAGGAAUCAUUAUGGUUUAUGAUGUAACCCGACGAGAAACAUUUACCAAUCUUUCUGACAUAUGGGCCAAGGAGAUUGAUCUCUACUCAACUAAUCAAGAUUGUAUCAAGAUGCUUGUUGGAAACAAAGUUGACAAGGAAAGUGAAAGGGUUGUAAUGAAGAAAGAAGGGAUAAAUUUUGCCAGGGAAUAUGGAUGUCUUUUUAUCGAAUGCAGUGCAAAAACCCGACUUAAUGUUCAGCAAUGCUUCGAAGAACUCGUCUUGAAGAUUUUAGAUACACCCAGCCUCUUGGCUGAGGGAUCCAAGGUUUUGAAAAAGAACAUCUUCAAACAGAAGCCACCACAACCUGAUACAUCGUCAAGCAGUUGUUGCUGACGUUCUUCAAUCAGAACAUUCACACAAAUUUCUUUUUGACUAAUGUGGUCAGCUCCAAUUUUAAAUCCAGGGUCCUAUAAUGUAUAUAUUAAGGAACAGUUUGUGGAACCCUACCAGAUUGUUAUUUGUGUAGUUGGAAUGCUAUUUUAGAUCAUGUCAAGGUCUGGAGAGAAUCAAUGAAGUUUUACGUUUCAUUUCCUUGCCGGUUGUAUAGAAGUAGGGCUGUGAUUUUGGUUAGUGAUACUGGCCAAGUCCUAAUGCUCUCUUGUAAAGGAUUCUUCAAAAAACUCUAUAAUUGUUUCUUAUCCUA